AUGGGAUGGAAGAUGACGCUGCUCGGCGGCCUCGCUGCCUGCUGCGGCGCCCUCGUCGACGCCGACCAAGUCGCGUCCAGCGGCAGCUCGUACCUUGUCAGCCGUCCGACCAAACUCGGCGCCACGGCCACGUCCUGGUACGAGUACGGGGCUGUGGGCGUCACGACCGCCAACGUAGCGUCCGGCGGGUCGCUCGCAUGGUCCGACACCGUCGGGUCCGGCGACACGGAGAUCGGGGGCGGCAAUGCGCUCGACUCGGCAGGCAACGUCUACGUCGUCGGCUCGACGCGCGGCAACAUGACGUCCAACAACGCCAACGCAGGCAACUUUGACUGGUUCAUCCUCAGGUACUUGCCGUUCGGGGCGCGCAGCUGGACCAAACAGGUGGGCACACCGGCGCACGACGAAGCGCGGACUGUCAUCGUAACCACCGAGGCCGACGGCAACGAACGGCUACAUCUACGUCCUUGGUGUCACUUUGGUGGCCGCGACCUCUUUUCGAUCUCGACGAGACGGCCGCCAAGGCCAGUGUCUGCGUACGCGCCGCCAUCGUCUCUACCGACACGUGCGCUCAUGGCCAUGCCCACGUUUCACUUUUACGCCGACGGCAAGAUCCAGCAGCCUCUUGGCUUUGCCGGCGCCGACUCGAAGCAGCUCCAUGCCAACGUCCAGAAGCUCGUCGCCUUGUAGGAAACCACUACAAAUCGAAUAUCAACUUGUGCUG